CGGCCGAACAGACCGAGCCGAGCCGAGCCGAACCGGGCCGAACCGACCGAGCCGUGCCGAGCCGAACCGAGUGGAAUCACCCUGCCGAGCCCAGCAGAACCACCCCUGCCGAACCGAAGAGAGCCGAACCUAUCCCUACGGCACCGCACCGAACCAAACCCAUCCCUACCGCACCGAGGCCAUUCCUUCCGCACCAAGCCCGUCUCUACGGUACCGCACCGAGCCGUGCCCUAAGGCACCGCACCGCAUCCUACGGUACCGCUCCGUGCCCGCCGGUACCGCACCGAGCCCAUCCCCACAGCACCGCUCCGUGCCCGCCGGUACCGCACCGAGCCCCAGGGCACCGCAGCGCCCUGAGGCACCGCACCCUCCGGCACCGCACCGCUGCCCCGGAGCCCGCAGCCCCGCGCCCGGCGGGACCAUGAUGUCGUGUGCCGAGCUGCUGGCCGUGUGCCUGCUCUCAGCCGAUCGCGGCCACAAGCCGCACCGCCAGCCGCUGCCCAUCUUCCACGACAUUUUCCGGCGAGCCGACAAGAACGAUGAUGGGAAGCUGUCAUUCGAGGAGUUCAAGAACUAUUUUGCUGAUGGCAUCCUGAGCUCGGAGGAGCUGUGGGAGUUGUUCAGCGGCAUUGACAGGCGUCACUCAGACAACGUGGACACGGAGAAGUUGUGUGAUUAUUUCUCAGCAUACCUGGGGGAAUACAGGAACGUGCUCUCUGCCCUGGAAACCCUCAACACUGCAGUGCUGGCAGCCAUGGACAAAACCAAGCUGCGGUACGAGAGUGCCUCGAAGAUGGAGCAGUUCCUGACCCGGUUCCUGCUGCGGGAAACCAUGCACCAGCUGCAGUCACUGCAGGCGUCCCUGGAGUGCGCUGUGGACACGGUGGAGGAGCAGGCGGGACGGGACAGAAAGGAGCUGAAGAAACCUGAGGUCUCGGUUGGGCUGAGGCCGGGGAGGCGCUGUGGGCGCAGGGGACAGAAGAGCGUGUGCCUGUCCCCAACAGACCCCUACUCUGGGAUGCUGACAACAGGUGUUUGUGUGGAGGACAACAGCCAGUGGAUGGCUCAGAUCAGCAGGCUCCAGCAGCUCAUCGAGAAGCUGGAGUGCAAGAGCCCACGCCUGGAGCCGCUGAAGGAGGAAGCCAUGUGCAAAGGACAGGAUGCACACAUCCUGGUGGCCAAGAGGCAGAUCUCAGUGGCCACGAGCAGCAUCGAGGAGUUCCGGCAGGCGUUCCGCUCCUACACCGAGGGCACGGCCGGGCACAGCAGCUGCCUGCAUGUCUCUGCCUGCAAGCUGACGGACGAGGCCUGCUUCAUCCUCUACGAGUUCUGGCAGGACGUGACCUCGUGGAGAAGCCACUUGCAGUCCAGCUGCAGCAAGACUUUCCAGCAGUCCAUCCUCAGCUUGCUGGAGUCCCCGGAGCUGCUGACCACCAUGCUCUUCCCAGCUUCCUGGUGGAUCAUGAACAACAACUGACCCAGGCAGUGUCUCCAGGACACCACCAGCAUGCGGGAGGAGCAUGUGGAGCCCCGGGCACAGCCGUCCCCUUUGUCACCUCCCCGUCCCUCCAUUCCCUCCUGUGGCCAGCGGGGGCUGCCUGCCCUGGCCCUGCCAGUGUUUUGCUCCUUCGCUCUUCUCCUGUUAA